GGAGGGAGAGAGAGGGGAAAAGAGGGAGUGUGUGGUGCUCAGAGGCAGAGAGUGAAAGAGCGCGAGAGGGAGAACGAGUGAGAGUGUGAGAGAGUGUGUGUGUGUGUGAGAGAAAGAAAGAAAGAAAGAAAGAAAGAACGAGAGAGCGAGAGAGAGAGAGCGAUCAAGAGAGGGAGGGAAACAGCCUGAAGCUAGACUUUCCAGUCUUGCAGAUUUGAAUGCAGCUAAAUUAUUAUCAGGACUCUCGAUUCUUAGAAGCAGCCAAGGAUCUACACACACACAUUUACUGAUACACACUCACACACACACACACACACACACACACACACACACACACACACACACACACACACACACACACACACACACACACACGUCUCUUUCCUGUAGCUGCUGGAUUACCUUCUGCACUCUUGCACUCUACCUCUGCAGCAAGAGGUGUGUAUGUGUAUGUGUGUGUGAAUAUAUGUAAGUGUAAGUGAGAGAGUGUGUGUGUGUGUGUGUGAAAGUGGAUGGUUGAGGCUGGCUGGACGUUUGCACUGGUCUGAGGAGCAGAAUGUGGCAGUAGAGCAGAAUUCGGCGAUACACACUCCUCUAUAGACACACAUUCAUUUGGACACACGCAAAGAAGAAGAAGAAGAAGAAUGGCCACGGCUGUAUUUCAGGUAAGCGAAGGUAUCCUCUUCCUGCGUUCCUGCAGCGAACUACGAACUGGCUCCCAGUAAUGACAUCCCACUGAAACAUGUAGAGACCACGGGCUCAACCAAAUCAUCCAAGAGCAUGGAGUCGCGCCGGAGACCAUCCAGGAGCGUCAGCUUGAUUCAGUCUAUGGAGGAGAACUAUGAGGUGGACCUGGUCUACAUCACAGAGAGGAUCAUCUCCGUGUCGUUCCCCGGCAACGUGGAGGAAGAGAGUUACAGCUCCAACCUCAAAGAGGUGGCCACCAUGCUCCGCUCCAAACACGGAGACAACUACCUGCUCUUCAAUCUGAGUGAAAAAAGAUAUGACAUCUCCAGGCUGAAUCCCAAAGUUCUGGACUUUGGUUGGCCGGAUCAUCACGCUCCAGCACUGGAUAAGAUAUGCAGCAUAUGCAAAGCCAUGGACACCUGGAUGAGUGCCGACAGUCAUAAUGUUGUGGUCCUGCAUAACAAGGGGAAUCGUGGGAGAACAGGGGUUGUUGUCGCUGCAUACAUGCACUACAGUAACAUUUCAGCAAGUGCCGACCAGGCUCUGGACAGGUUUGCCAUGAAGAGGUUUUAUGAAGAUAAAGUGCUUCCUGUGGGUCAGCCGUCCCAGAAAAGGUAUGUCCAGUAUUUCAGCGGGUUGCUUUCAGGCCACAUUAAGAUCAACAACAAGCCCCUCUUCCUGCAUCACGUCAUCAUGCACGGCAUCCCCAACUUUGAGGCUAAAGGAGGUUGCCGCCCUUUCCUGAAGAUCUACCAGGCCAUGCAGCCAGUGUACACAUCUGGGAUCUAUAAUGUCCAAGGAGACAGUCAAACCAGCAUCUGCAUCACCAUUGAACCUGGCUUGCUUCUGAAAGGAGACAUUCUGCUCAAGUGUUAUCACAAGCGAUUCCGCAGCCCUUCCAGAGACGUCAUCUUCAGAGUGCAGUUCCACACCUGUGCUGUUCAUGACCUAAGCCUUGUCUUUGGUAAGGACGAGCUGGACGAGACAUUUAAAGAUGACCGAUUUCCUGAGUAUGGAAAAGUGGAGUUUGUCUUCUCAUUCGGCCCAGAGAAAAUCAAUGGUAUGGGCCAUCUGGAAAAUGGACCAAGUGUCUCUGUUGACUACAAUACCCAGGAUCCUCUAAUCCGCUGGGACUCGUAUGAAAACUUUAAUCAGCGCUGUGAAGACUCCAUGGAUGACGUCAUCCACACACAGGGUCCUCUGGACGGCAGCCUUUACGCCAAGGUCCGUAAGAAGGAGUCUUUGGACGGUACAGCCAACGGCCUCCCCGCUGCAGUCGAGCACGCCUUGCCUCCUGUUGACCACGCCCUCUCUGUGAGUAGCGACUCUGGCAACUCAACUGCCUCCAUCAAGACAGACCGCACUGAUGAAGCCAGCCAGCAGCCGGCACCUGUAAGCCAGCCGCCAGCCCCCCAGCCCCUCAGCCCUGAGGAGAAGCAGGAGCUGGAGCAGUUGCUUAGUGGCCUGGAGGCACCCAUGCAUCGACCGGGAUAUCCAAGUGGCCCUGGGGGAGGAGGAGGUGAAGGUGGUGGUGGUGGUGGUGGAGGUGGAGGUGGUAGUGGUGGUGGUGGAGGUGCAGGAGGUGGUGGAGUUCUUCACCUGGUCCCAGCUCAAGUCCAUGUAAAUGGGCACAGUAACAUGGACAGGGAGACAGACAUACUUGAUGAUGAACUGCCCAACUGCCAAGAGGGCAACAGUGUGGACAGCCUGGGGACUCUGUCCUCUUCAUUUGAGGGCCGGGCCACACCUGCCGACUUGUAUUACCAGCAUGAAACAGUCAUAAAUGGUCAAGAUGCGCCCUACAUGGAGAAGAGCAUCCAAGAGAAAAACCCAGAACCUGUGACAUUCCUUCCUGGCUCCACUUCCAAUCAGGAUCGUGUAGGUGAUUCUGGACCCCCUUCCAGUGGCUAUGCAAGUCAGAAUGGCAGCAUCUACCGCUCACAAUCAUUUGGCGCCACACCCAUUGCAGAGUUUGGGCAGCAGAAGGGCAUGCCCAAAGCCCCAACUCGCACCACCAGCAGCAGGGAUGCUGUCCAGAGGGGGCUGAAUGUGUGGCAGCAAUACGGAGUCCCGGAAGAGCCGGUUACAGAUGGCAUUCACUUCGGACCAGUGUUGCAGACCCACAGCCUUCCUGAGUUUCCUCAGGCGGCUUCCCAGAGUGAAAUUGAGCAGUCCAUCGAGACUCUAAACCUGCUGAUGAUGGACCUAGACCCGGCCCUCAGUAAUAACACCCAGGUGCCCAAAUCCUACAGUGCUCCUUCUGGCGACGGAGUUGUGGUCACCACCCAGCCAACAUUUGCUCAGACUCAGGCUCGGCCCUCGUACCAAGCUGAUUCUGCCAUCCACGCCUAUGCUGGAGGCUACCCGGCCGGAUACAGCCUGGUCCAGCAACGGGAGGUUCCAGUUCAACAAUCUCCUGUGAUGCCCCAACUUAUUGAAGCCCCUCAGCAGGUGGUCAGCCCUCAGAGGUCUGCUGUGUACCCUCUCUCUGUCACUGAACAGGACGGUCCUGUCCUGACCCUCUCUUCUGUGACCUCUCCAGUGGCUGGGGGUCUGCAGCUGAAGCCCCUCAACACAUAUCCCUCCAGCACAACCUCUCAGUCUCCUGAUCCUCUGGAGCCUGGUUCACACAGUGUCCCUUCCCAGAGCUACUCUGCUUCGUCCUCCCCGCUGCCCAGAGAGGGUGAAACUGAGGACAGCAACUACAACCUAGAGGGCCUGGUGGCUCACCGUGUGGCAGAGUACACCGCCCGUAUCCGCCAGCUCUCUGACCCAACUGACCGAACUCCUCAACCUGACCAACGCCGCCGCUCUCUCUCCUUCUCUGGUGUCCAGUCUCGAGAGAUGUCGUCGGAUGAAGGCUCAGCGCCAGGACGUCGCAGGACCACCAGUGAAGGACAGUCCAAUGAUGAGAGCCCCACGCAUGUCCGUUCCCCCAUUCGUUGUAUUUCACCAGAGUUGGCCAAUACCAUUGCUCUGAACCCGGGGGGGCGGCCUAAGGAGGGACACAUGCACAGUUACAGGGAGGCCUUCGAAGAAAUGGAGGGGGGUCCCGUAAGCCCCCCACCAACCAUGGGUGGUGAGGUCUUCCCCCAAACCCCUGCCUUCCCCGUCUCGCCACAAACCCCUUACUUCAACCUGUGCCGCUCUCCACCAGGUUUGGCCAAAACACCCCUUUCCUUCCUGGGGCUGAAGCCACACAACCCAGCUGAGAUCCUUCUCAACCAGACAGGCUCAGAGCCUCGGAGCUACGUAGAGUCUGUUGCUCGGUCAGCAGCAGUGGCUGGAGGGCAGCCAUCCUCACCCGUGUCUCCUACGUUUGACAGCAGCAGCUUGGCCAGAGGAGCCACCCCCUCCCACUCUUUCAACACCCCGCUGUCCUCCAGCAGCCCUGUGCAAAGUCCUGAACUAGAACAUCCAGUGGCUGAUAGUGGGGUAGGCCUAAACACCACGCCUAAUGGAGUGGUGGACUCCGGUUUCCGUUCUCUGCCUUCACAGAGCACGUCCUGCCUCCCUACACCCUCAUACCCCUCCUACUCCACCCUUGGCAGCCUGGCAGGCAGCUACAUCAGCCCUGAUCUCAGUCCCUCCUCACCAGAGCCCAUCCAGGUUAAUGCCAUGGGUGCACAGCCCGUCCUAGGCAGCCCCAGUUCACGGCACAACACCAUACCCACCAAUACCUCAAACAGCCCCACCCUUCAGAACAGACUCCCCAAUCAGCAGGACGGUCUCAUCUAUGACCGGCAGCAAUCUCCACCCAACGGCUAUCAGCCCGGAGUAUCCAGUAGCCCCAUACUGGCUAGACACGGUAUGGUUUCACAGGCGACGCAGAGCAGCCCGAUGCUGAGCAGACAGAUGCCCGUUAGCCAGGGGACGCAGAGCAGCCCCACAUUAAGCAGGCAAGCCCUCCAGACCACCCCCUCGAUGGGCUACCAGCCAUCCCUCGUCCAGUCCAUCGUCCAGCCCAACCAGAGCAGCCCUGUCCUCAGCAGACAGCCGUCCACCUCCCAGCCCACCCAGAGCAGCCCCGUCCUGAGCAGACAGGCCUCGCUCACCCACCCCAGCCAGGGCAGCCCCGUCCUUGGCCGACACCCAUCCAUGUCCCAGAUGAGCCACGGCAGCCCCAGCCUGGACCGGCACCCCAUGUACAGUGGCUACACCACCCCGGACGAGAGGCACGGCGCUCUCUCCCGCCAGAGCAGCAGCUCAGGGUAUCACCCGCCCUCCACCCCGUCCUUCCCCGUGUCGCCUGCCGGAUAUCCCGACAGCAUGGGCUUCAGACAGGGCAGCCCGGGCUUCCAGCCACAGCUGCCCGAGAAGAGGCGCAUGUCCAGCGGGGAGCGGCCCAACGGCAGCCUGUCCUACGGCACUCUCAACGGGAAGGUGUCCUCGCCCAUGUCCAGCGGAGGGAGCACUCCCAGCGUGCACUUGUUCCACACACUUCCUGAUUUCUCCAAACUGAACAUGUGCGAUGGAAGCCCAGAGACCAGACUGAAUGUAAAGUUUGUCCAAGACACAUCCAAGUUCUGGUAUAAACCAGACAUCUCCAGAGAACAAGCUAUUAACAUCCUGAAGGAGAGGGAGCCAGGAGCCUUCAUCAUUCGAGACAGUCACUCCUUCCGAGGCGCUUACGGCCUGGCCAUGAAAGUGUCCUCCCCGCCGCCCACAGCGCAGCAGGCCAAGAAAGGUGACAUCACCAAUGAGCUGGUUCGUCACUUCCUGAUCGAGACGAGUCCAAAGGGGGUGAAGCUAAAGGGCUGUCCCAAUGAGCCCUACUUCGGUUGCCUUUCUGCAUUAGUCUACCAGCACUCCAUUACUCCACUGGCUCUACCAUGCAAACUGGUCAUUCCCACAAAAGAUCCCCAUGAAGAGGUCCCAGAGGUUGCCACACCAGUCAACCCAGCUACUGAGCUGCUGAAGCAGGGUGCAGGGCAGAAGAGUCCGGUUGAUGCCCAUGCGUGUAACGUGCUGUACAUAAACUCAGUGGAUAUGGAGUCUCUGACCGGGCCACAGGCCGUCGCCAAAGCCAUUUCAGAAACCAUGGCAGCCAGUCCCAUGCCCACGGCAACCACCGUUCACUUUAAGGUGUCGUCACAGGGCAUCACCUUAACGGACAACCAGAGAAAGCUUUUCUUCCGACGUCACUACCCAAUCAGCACAGUCACGUUCUGUGAUCUUGAUCCACAGGAAAGAAAGUGGAAUAAAGCAGAGGGUGGCACUGCAAAGUUUUUUGGUUUUGUGGCCAGAAAGCAGGGAAGCACAACAGAUAACGUCAGUCACCUGUUCGCCGAGAUGGACCCUGACCAACCCGCCACUGCCAUCGUCAACUUCGUCUCCAAAGUGAUGAUCGGCUCCCAGAAACGAUGAGCCGCUCUUGGUUCACCCUAACCUCCACCUUCCCAAUCCAAACCCCCCUGGAGGACUGACUGCUUUCCCUUCCUUACUGUUCUGAAGCAUUCUGUAUUCUUUCAUUUCUCUGCGUGAGUGUGUGUGUGUGUGCGUAUGUGUUAACAUUCAGCCAAGUGGUGGAAUGCUUGCACGCUUGCGUGUGUGUGUGUGUCAUUUGGCGUGUUCAGAUGGUUUAUUAGGGAGUUGAGCUCAGAUGGGGACAGAGGAAGUGCUGUGAAGAGGAGGAGUGGUGUGGUGAAGAGGAGAGAGAGGGAUGAUAUUCAUCUCUGCGCAGGGUUAACUUCAGAUGAGAGGGACUGACGUCAGUGAGAGUGUGGUUUUUUUUUUGUGGGUUUUUUUUUUAGCAAAAAAAAAAAAAAAGGAAAAGAAAAAGUUCAAAAAGAGGGAUGAUGCUGAGGAUGAGACUGAUAUCAGGCUUAUGGAUUGAUAUACCAAAGAUCAGACAGACAGCUGUUAGAAUAUAUUUGUAUAAAAAUUAUUUGAAGGUCAUUUUGUUUGUUUCUCUGUAAAAUAAGACUGCUUGUUCAGAGAAUGUUAAAAAUUCUCUAUACUUAAACAUUGAUAUAUAUAUUUUUUUUUCUCUGGAAAUGGCAUCUAUAUUUUCUUGCUAUAAGUACUUAAGAACAUUUUGCAUGUUAUCAUGUGUGUCCAGGCAUGUGCUGCGUAGCAUUUUUCACUAUAGUUAUAAUGAAACACUAUAGCUAUAACAGCUCACAUUAUACAAUAUACAGACCAAACCUUUCACUGGCUAAAACUAUGCAGGCCAGAUUCCACCGUUUGCUCUGUUCUUUUUGUUUGUUUUGCUUCUUGGAGAAGUUUGUGAGGUCCUGUCCCUUCAGUCUUUAAGUAUGUACUGUCCAGAUAAGCAUGUGGUGGACUGCAGAUUGGUCUUUACAAUGUUAGUAGUGCACUGAAUUUACUACUUAACCAAUAUUAUGUACCUUAUAACAGGAACUUUAAAAUAAUCUGUGAUUGCCACUCCAGGCUAGAACUGUAACUUUGGUGAAGUUGCUCAAAACCUCUCAUGAGAACAUUUUUACACUUCUUAACCCAAUAUAAGUUUCAAUAUUAGUUUCAAAUUCUGUAUCUCUUAGCUUGUCAACAAAUGCAUGUGUACAGCUGUCUAUGAGUAGGAGCUCAUAUCAUGAUUUGUAUUCACUUCAGUUGAGUAAAAGUUAUAUAAAAUUAUAGCCAUAUUUUACAGACUAUAUAAGGCGCACUGUCAGUGAAUGUCUAUUGUCUGGUCUAUUUUCAUACAUAAAAUGCACCAGAUUAUAAGGCGCAUUUUAAGGGACAAUAGUAAGGAACAAAGUUGACGCUGUGUUUCCUUGUAACGAGCGCUGGAUGUUAAUCUACACAGAUUUCUCUCCUCAAAACUGUUUAGUUGCGUUUAGCGGCUAAUGCUAAUGCUGCUCCAGCCUUAGUGCUGGAGAAACUUUAGCUGGAGUGGCUUUACUGCUCUUUACAAACUGACUGGUAGAAUUCAAACAUGAGGUGCACCAGAUUAAAGAUUGAUUUUUUUGGAAAAAGAAAGAAUCUAAAGUUUGCCUUAUAGUGCGAAAAUUACGGUAAACUUCUCCAAAUGCAGGGAAGCAGAGAAUCGGAAUAUUCCAAUAAUAUUCUCCAAUAAUCAUGUUGCAUUAAAUACUGCAAACGAAAGAUUACACAAAAAAUGUGUAGGAUGUAGAUUAUAUUUUUUUCCUGUGGAAAUUGUUAGCAUGUGGGCUGCAGCCUCCAGUGGGCCACAGUGGUACUGCUAGGGGGGGUUUCGGCCCCAAAAUAAAGUUUGUUCUUAUUUUCAGUUUUUGAAAUUCAAGAUAUGACUGAUAUUACGCAGUUAUUUGCAAAAAUAACUCAUCGUUUUAAAGUCAAGCUCAUUGGUCACAUGAUUGUCAAUGCAAUCUAAUUGAUUUGAUAGUCUAGUUAUUUCAGUUAUGUAAUAUUUGACUAAGGCAAUUUAAGCCAUUAGAGAGAGAGCAAUAAUCUAUAUUGAUUGUUGCGCUGUAUUUGUUUGUAGUUCUCCAGUAGUUAAUUACAAUGUUGUAUUGGCUACAGAUCAUUUUAUUGUGGAUUAAGUGGGCCAUGAGUUGCAAAAGUUUGGGAACCCCUGAUGAAAACAUUUAAUUUAAGUACAUUCAGUGCACUACUGUUUUUUUUCAGUCCAUUUAGACAGGCAUAGGAAGACUUUGGAUUUAAGUUAUCUAGCUAAAUAAGCAAUCAUGCAAUUAUGCUUUUGUUAAACAUGAAACAUCCUCCAAAUCCUGUCCUGCCUGUAGUCCAUGCUGUAGUCCAGCCACAGCUCAGCUUUCUGGAGAGCAUCUCUGUGUGUGUACUGCCCUCCUAGGGAAUGUGUCUGUCCAGCAGGGAAUGUUGUUUUUUUUCUCCUCUCUCGCUGCUCUUUCUGGUCAUUAACAUGGCCGUCCAGCCUCUGACCUCUGUCCUCCUGUUACUGGCUGUGCCCCUUAGUUUCUAAAGGCUUCCUGUACCAAUCAGGGCUGGCCAUUCUUCCCCACUGCUAUACGCUAUACUUACGGUAAUUCAGGUCAGAAAUAUGUGUGUAUUAUUACACUUGUGUGCAAGCUAGUGUAGCGCAGAGGUUUGGGUUUAUAUCAGUACAUACUGUAUUUGUAGGCCUUAUUCAUUCAAACACAAACACACACACACCCACAAAGAAAAAAACAUCCAUCAUACCCCAAAGUAAGCUAAGUAUAUAUAUAAAUAUAUAUAAAAAAAAAUCAAAAAGUGACUUUACUGAAUAUAUUUAUUAUUUUGCUACGUUGCCGUAUGUAUGUUAACACAUAUACUUGUGCAUAUAUUGUAUAGUCUACGGAAGUAUACGAAAGUAUAACGAAAGCUUUUUAGGGAAAAAAAGAAAAAAAAAUAAGACAAAAGAAAAAAAAAAUAUUUUGGCUAAGAUUUAAGAAUCGAGAGGUUUUGAGGAGCAUUCAGUUAUAUAUGGUGUAAAGUGUAUGAUGAUGUAUUUGAAAGCUUGUCAAUGUAUUUUUUUGGAUUUUUUUUUUUAUUAUUAUUAUUAUAUAUAUUAUUAUUAACUGCCUUGAUUUUUCAUGACUUGUACUGUUUCGGGCUUUAAGAUCUGACACUGAGCUGACACUGCUUUCUUUUUUUUGGUUGAGAAAAGAAUGAUCCCAAGCUUGCAUCAUGUCUGUAUUACAUGCAACAGGUUGGGAAUGGUGUGCAGUAAUGAUGAACAUUUUAAACACGGUAGAAUAGUAUGUCCUCAUUUUACUACUAUUAGUAAUAGUACCAAACAGUGGAAGACACUAAUUAGCUAUAAUACAGGAGAAUAUAAUGUCUUGUGAAAAAAAGUCCUGCGUUUCCCCUUGAAGAGAAAGAAGAGAAUGUUCGUAGUGCCCUCAAGAGGCAAAGUUAGGUAUUGCAUGCUCAUAAAGAAUGAUAAAGAAUUCUCAUCACAUCAGGUCUACUGUCUACUGAGAGCCUGAUGAUGAUGAUUCAGGCAAAUACUGCAGUGUUUUAACUGUAAUCUUUAAUUUGCGAACAGUCGCCACUUCGUUUGAUUGGAUAAAAAAAAAAUAAUAAUAAUAAUAAGUGUUUUCUACAUUGUGUCCAUACUGUCACACCUAUACACUUAUUAUUACAGUAUAUACUGUAUACAUUAUGAGCGUUACCACAGAGGUGUUGAAAUGUAUUAAGAGCAAAAAUCAAACUGUCCUUUUUUUGUUGUCUGUACAUACUUUCUUUUGUUGCCAAAGAUUUUAUUUUACAUCGAUUUUUCUAUGCUAUACGUUGUUUGAGUAUUGUACGUUGAUCACUCCGCUUAGAUGAUCAGUGUUGAUCAGUGUGCCGAAGGAUGGCCCGUUGUCUUUUUUGUGUCUUUGGUGAGGAGUGCGGACACUGGCUCUGGUGUGUGAACUUGUGUGAACUUGUAUAGGGCUGCUCCUUUUCCCCGUUUAGCCUUAAAAGAGUUACUAAGGUUUACUCUACUAAGGUUUCAAAGCACUUAACUUUCAAGAGCUGCGAGAAUAGCAGAAGCAAAAAAUAAAUAAAUGUAUCAAAUGUCUCACAAUGUCUUUCUUCAGUAUUGAAAACCAUUAAAAAACAUUAGAAAGCUCAGUCUGCUGCUCAGUUUAAUGUUAAUGCAUCGCUUUCCUCAUACGACACGUCACUCGGCCUGUACACGUAGAUCAGCUCACGUCUUUAUUUAUUCUAUAACUCGCCAGCAGGAAUAUUGUUACAUCAGUGGUGGUAUUUUAUAUAUAUAUAUAUAUAUAUAUAUAUAUAUAUAUAUAUAUAUAUAUAUAUAUAUCAAAUUCCCUCUACGAGUCCCUCUACCCUAACACAGCUCUCACCUUUCCGUGUGUAAGUUGACAGUGUUGUUGUGCACACUAAUUGACAAUAGCUCUUGGCCUAGAAUGUGUGAAUGUGCUACUAUUGCUGUACAGAUCCAUGUGUUAUUUGCUUUAUAAAUGUAUGGCUUCUUUGUUUUUGUUUCAUUUUAUUUUUUUUUUAAGUACAUAUUACAGAGCAAUCCAAAUCAGAUACAUUAAAGUACACUGUUCUCUGAAA